GCCAAAGGCAAAACCGUGACCCUCAAAAAAAAGAUGGGAACCUCGUAUCCUGUCACCUCAGGCAUUCAAUUAUGGCACAAUAUUGUGACUCAUAUGGAACAAACCAUGAUGGAAAAUUUAAAUGCUUCCUCGACGGCCUGGAAAGCCUCCAGAAAUAAUGCAGCCACCAUCUCCUUGAAAUCCACUUGGAAACCGACCUUUGAAUGGAAAGAAGACACGCUUAUUUUGAAAGGGGUGCCUCAUGAAGAUGUGUAUGCCCGUGAUGCCCAGUUAAAUGUCCAACCUUUAUCCUCUGUAGGUUUUCAUGUGGAUUUGGCCGAAAAGUUUGGACUCUUAUUCAAAGACAAACCCAACCAAUACCAAUUAGGACCGAAUUUAGACUAUGUCUUCCCCAAGGUGAGCUAUUCAGAUCGCACCCCACCGACCAGAAGCAAUCAACGGUAUCAGUGGCUUGGAGACCAUUUUGUCGGUAUUACACCACGCGAUGUAUUAGGAGGGAACGCGUUAUUCAAAGUCAAAAUAGAGAAUGGGCAAUCCUAUCUCUCUCUCAUCCUGUUAUGUGGAUUGGCAUUUUCAAAACCUCAAUUCCGUGUAAGACAUCAGCGAUGUAUUGGUCGUCACAACUCACCCUAUCAGCGAGGGGGCACUAUUUUCAGCCCUAGGAAUCCAUGGGCUGUGACCUCCUAUCAGCCUUAUGGAGUAGACCCCAUGAUACUUUGUUCCCUUAGACAAAGAGCAAAACGAAAAGGAGGGAAAGUGCAUAAAGUUACCUAUCCUUGGAUGAUAAAAGGCCGAAAACGUAUAAAAAGCGACGCACACGAGUGUAAGCUAUCAGUCUGUCAACAUUUCAUUGAAUCUGUUUGACGUUCCUGGCAUUGACUUUAGGUAUGAAGCCAAACGGUGGAUUCCUUUCAAACCUGCCAAUACCGGAAGACGCCCUAUUCUCUUUACGGUUCCCUCCAGCGAUGAUUAUUAUGAUCUCAAUGAAACCAAGCUGGAAGUGAAAGUACGUAUGAACACAGCAGGCACCAAUGGCCUUUCCGCCAAUGAAACAGGUGCCUCGGAUGGUAAUAACACCAAAUACGUGUAUUGUGUCAACAAUUUUGCUCAUUCUCUCUUCAAUCAAAUGAAUGUGUCCUUCAAUGGGGUCUUGAAGACAGAAGAAAACAAUGCGUAUCACCAGAAAGCUUACCUAGAAACCCUGCAGAAUUAUAAUCGCCAAGAAGGAGAAACGACCUUGGCUGCUCAAGGAUGGGUCAAUGAAUUGAAUAUACGUGAUUCACUGACCCCGACCAAUGCUGCUGAUGAUGAUACACCCAAUCCUAAUUACUGGAAUGGAAAAACAGGGCUCAAACCGUUAACCAGUCGCUUGCUGGGAAAGACGCAUCAAACCUCAUAUCGCUGUGUUCAGAACAGGCAAAUGUCUUGUACCUGGAGUGCAAAUUGA